AUGGCUUCGCCAAAUUCGAUCAACGCUGCCGCGGAGGCAAGCCGUCUGCAGGAGCUAAAUGCAGACGUGCGCAACCAAGACGACCUCGAACGAGACAUCACUCGCCAGGCCGACAAGUUCCUCGCUGAAAAAGCCGAGGAAAAUGAUACCAAGAGACUUGAGAAGGCGCUGAACGACAAAAGCAAGGUCGAUCGGCAGAUUCUCCAGGCCAAAGACCGCCUGACCAAGCACGUCGGAGCCGUCAGCCGCCACCGGGUCGAGAACGAACUCCGAAAUCUUGAGGCCCGCCGCUCGGGACUAGUCACCGACAUCAAGGACAUCCAGAAACGGAUCGAUGACCGGCGUGAGGCCCAGGAGAAGGCGCAGGGUAGUCAUGGACCCGGCCGGCUGGCGAACGAGACACGGCGCGAUUACCUUUUGCGAACGGGAAAGAUCACCCCGUUCGAGCUCAUGAGCCAGGCUGGCCCAAAUGGCUCACUCUCAACUCUUCAGGAUGCCCUCGUUAACGCCGAAGAUCAGCAGCAAGAGAAGGAAGAGCGCGAGAGGGCCCACCACGACCCGACCGCCUCUCACCGAAACCUCCUCCGUCCCGAACUCGACUUCGACGAUGCGAGUGAAAGUGCGGGGAGCCGCGGCAGCAAACGGAGGAAGCUGGAAAGCCCUCCUACGGCCAAGAAGAGUCCUAAGGCUCCGCGGGCCCGCUCACCCACCUCGCCUGAAGUUGACUCCGAGGCUAGCUACGUCGCCUCGGAGGCCAGUGUGUCAUCCGAGGAUGAGGAGUUCAUGCCAGAUACCGUGCCCGAGCCAACGUCGCGAAAGCGCAAGCAGGGCAAGGCCGAGUCAGAACUCGAGGAUCUCAGUGGCGUGGACGACGGCAACGAGAAGGUCUACCAGACUCGUCUUCAGAAGUGGAUCAGUCGACGCAGUGCCGCUCGCAAGCGUGCCCAGGACACUCCUAUCAAGGAGGAAGAGGAAGAGGAAGAGGUCGAGGAUGAGUGGCUGAAGCCGCAUCCUACAGAGCCAGAUCUGGAUCUCCAGAAUGGCCUUCGCGUGCCGGGUGAUAUCGGCAAAUACCUCUUUUCCUACCAGCGAACCGGCGUUCAGUGGCUCUGGGAGCUGCAUCAGCAGUCUGUUGGGGGCAUCAUUGGUGAUGAGAUGGGUCUCGGUAAGACGAUCCAGGCCAUCGCAUACCUUGCGUCGUUGCAUCACAGCAACAUGUACACCAAGCCCGCGAUCGUUGUCUGCCCUGCGACUCUUAUGAAGCAGUGGGUCAACGAGUUUCACCGCUGGUGGCCUCCCUUCCGGGUUUCCAUCCUGCACUCUUCCGGCAGUGGUAUGAUGAACCUGGGAAAGGAGAGCAGUCGUGAGAUGGCCCUUACGUCCGAGUUGAUGGGUAGCUCCCACUCUCGACACCUCUCCGCCGGCCAAAAGGCUGCAAAGAAGAUCAUCAAGCGUGUCGUAGAGGAAGGUCACGUUCUGGUGACCACUUACUCCGGCCUGCAGUCCUACGCGGAUGCUCUCGUCGAUGUCGAGUGGGGUUGUGCUGUUCUUGACGAAGGCCACAAAAUCCGUAACCCGGAUGCUGGCAUCACCUUCAGUUGCAAGGAGCUUCGAACUCCUCACCGCAUCAUCUUGUCGGGAACUCCUAUGCAGAACAGUCUGACUGAUCUGUGGUCGCUCUUCGACUUUGUCUUCCCCAUGCGCCUUGGCACUCUCGUCACCUUUAAAAGUCAAUUCGACAUUCCCAUCCGCCAAGGUGGAUACGCGUCGGCCACCAAUCUGCAGGUCCAAACUGCCGCCAAGUGUGCAGCGACCUUGAAGGAUGCCAUCAGUCCAUACCUUCUUCAACGGUACAAGGCUGAUGUCACAUCCGACCUGCCGCAAAAGACCGAACAAGUCAUCUUUUGCAAGCUUACUCGGGAGCAGCGAAAUGUCUACAAGCGGUUCCUUGGCUCUGACGACAUGGUUUCAAUCAUCAGAGGAAGAAGAAAUUCUUUGUUCGGUAUUGACAUUCUUCGAAAGAUCUGCAACCACCCAGACUUGGUGGACCGCCAAUUGCGCACUCAUGAACCCGACUACGGCAACAGUUCCCGUUCUGGCAAGAUGCAGGUUUUGAAGGGGCUGCUGGAGGUGUGGAAAGACACCGGACACAAGACCCUGCUGUUUGCCCAGACUCGACAGAUGCUGGACAUUAUUCAAAAAUUCAUCGGGUCAUUGGGCGGAUUCAAUUUUCGUCGCAUGGACGGUAAUACUCCGAUCAAGGACCGCCAAACCAUGGUCGACGAGUUCAACAAGAAUCCAGACCUUCAUGUCUUCUUGCUGACCACUCGUGUGGGUGGUAUCGGAGUGAACUUGACCGGCGCGGACCGAGUCAUCAUUUACGACCCUGACUGGAACCCCUCGACUGAUAUGCAAGCUCGCGAGCGAGCAUGGCGGCUGGGUCAGAAGCGUGACGUUACGAUCUUCCGGCUCAUGAUGAAGGGUACUAUCGAAGAGAAGAUCUAUCACCGCCAGAUCUUCAAACAGUUUUUGACAAACAAGAUCACUCGUGACCCGCAGCAGCGCGAGGGAUUCCAAGCGAGCGACCUCUAUGAUCUGUUCUCGCUGACAGAAGAGAACGACAAGGAACUGGAGACUACAAAGCUUUUCAAGAAUGCAGACGUCACCUACCAGGAGGAAGACACCACCACCCCGCCUCUCAAGAAACGUGGCCAGGGAGUCAAAUCCAAGUCGCAGACCCCCAAUCCCGACGGUGAAGACAUUAGCACUGUUCAAGGCGUUGCCAACGUUGAAGAAUUCACCAACGAAGUUGAAGACGGGGAGAAGAACAACCCCAAAACUGCCGAGGACCGCAUCAUGCACGGCAUCUUCGCCCGCUCCGGUGUGCAUGCUGCCCUCGAGCAUGACCAUAUUGUCAAUGGCAAGCGCACCGUUCGGGCCGACCCAAAAUUGAUUGAAGAAGAAGCACGCCGCGUGGCUGCUGAAGCUGCCCGAGAGCUGCGCCGUGCUGAAGAAGUCGCCCGCAACACGCCCAUAGGCCUACCUACCUGGACCGGCUCAUUCGGUAUUACCGGCCGCACAGACCUCGGUGGCGCUAGCUCAUCAGCACGACCAGCCGCUCGUGGCCCUUCAUCUUCAAGUUUACUCUCCAACCUCAACCCCGGUGCCUCUGCAGCGAGCUCCCGUACCCCAACCCCGCAAGGUUCGGGAGGUCCGAACCGGAUGCCUCGUGGCAAGGACUUCUUGCCGCUCAUUCGUGACUUCUUGCUUUCUCGCCGCGGGCCAGUGUUCACGCAAGUAAUUGUCGAUCAAUUCAAUCACUACUGCACCAACCCGCAACGUGUGGCCGAGUUCCAGGAAAUGUUGAAGACGGUAGCUCGUCUGGACCGAGACCGUGGAGGACGGGGUCGAUGGACGUUGAAGCCGGAGUUUGCCAAGAAACCUGCUGAACAGACGUGA